AUGCCCGAGUCCUCGUCCUCGUCCUUCAUCGACACCAUCGUCCACAUCCUCCAGCCCAUCCGGUCACUCAACUGGACGCGCUACCUCGGCCUCAUCACCGCCGCGCUCUCGCUCCCCCUCCGCCUGGCCUGGAUCCCGCUCUCCCGCCUCCUGGCCCUCGUCACCACCCUCCUCGCCCCGGCGGGCUACGUGCUCGCCUACCUAGGCAGCUGGGCGGCCGCCGUCGCCCGUUUCCUCGUCAGCCUAGAGCCCCUGUACACAUUCUUCAGCGUAGCAGCAUUCAUAGGCGUCGUCGCCGGCAUCCUCGUGGCCGUCGCGUCCGCCGUGGUGACCACGUACUUCAACAUGCAGGACGAGCCGGAGGAUGCAUCGUCGCACAGGAGGCGGUCGCACAGGAAGCAGGUAUACCUGGAGCAGCAGUAUCUCCGACCGGAGCCGCAGGGCCUCGAGCCAGACUGGCACUGGGCGGACACGGCACAGUCGCCCGCGAGGCUAAGGCGCGUGUCGGGCCUGCAGACGGAGACGAUUCUCGAGGAGGAUGAUUCCGAGGAGUGA